CUCAAAGGAAACCAACUGUAUUUCCCUUUCAGCUAUAUCCUUAUAAGCCCUCCAAUUUUCUCCUCCCAUUUAUACCCGCUCUCUUCAAUCCAUCAACACAACAGAGAUGCUUCUUUUCACAUCAUUGCCAGCAUCUCUGUCCUCUUUUUACCUACUUGGUUUCUUUACUAUUUCAUUGUAGAAAAAGAAAAAGAAAAAGAAAAAGAAAAUAUCAUAAGCCUCUCCCUAUCACCUUUGCCAUUUUUGUCUCCCCUCAGUUUUGGUACCUAACCUUUUGAUAUUAUGUAAUCUAGCAUUUUUUGCAAUACCCAUAUUUGUGUUAAUUCUUUUGGCUGAAUUUUGAGCCUUACCCUCCAUUUCUUGCUUGUUUUAAAGCUCAAUUAUCGCACUUUUGUUAAUACCCACAUAGCAAAUUUACGUUUUUUUGAAGGUUCCCAUUUUAGGAAUUGUUAGGCUGAAUGGGGAUUGAGACAAGUGUGGCUAACAAGGAGGAAGAGGAGUUCUGUGAAUUGGAGAAGGAAGAGAAUCAAAUUCUGGACCCAUAUCCGAAUCCAAAAGGUAAUAAGAAUAGCAGAGGGAAGAAAGGCCGUCGACGGAACGUCAAGAAGAUGGUAGUGGUAUCUCCUCUUCAAAAGCUGUAUGAUACCUGCAAGGAAGUGUUUGAAGUUAGUGGACGUGGAAUUGUCCCCUCUCCUGAUAAAAUCGAAAAGAUGAAGGCGGUUUUGGAUGACAUUAAACCAGAGGAUGUUGGUCUGAGUCAGGAAAUGCCAUAUUUUCAGUCACCUGCUUCUGGGAGAACCCCUGCAAUAACAUAUCUUCAUCUCCAUGAAUGUGACAAAUUCUCGAUGGGUAUCUUCUGCUUUCCACCAUCAGGUGUGAUUCCCCUUCAUAAUCAUCCUGGAAUGACAGUUUUAAGUAAGCUACUGUUUGGAACGAUGCACAUUAAAUCGUAUGACUGGGUAGUUGAUGGCCCUCGCAAUGAAUCUGCUGUGGCCAAUUCUUCUGAAGUGAAGCAGUCUGACAUCCAGCAACCACAAGUGCGACUGGCCAAGGUCAAGAUUGACUCUAACUUCAUUGCACCAUGCGACCCCACCAUUCUUUACCCUGCUGAUGGGGGCAACAUGCAUUGCUUCACAGCAGUAACAGCGUGUGCAGUGCUGGACGUACUGGGCCCCCCAUAUUCAGAUCCCGAAGGUCGCCACUGCACAUAUUACUUUGACUUUCCAUUUGGCAAUUUCUCAGUUGAUGGGGUCUCCGUGUCUGAAGAAGAGAGAGAGAGUCAUGCGUGGCUUCAAGACAGGGGGAAGCAGCCUGAGGAAUUUGCCAUUGUUGGAAAACUGUACAGAGGUCCAAAAAUGGUGGACAACUGAGCCAAAGCCUUCUACUUUAAAAACCUUUAUAUGCAGCAGUCUCCAAACUACAGUCUACAGUAGAGAUUUUCUUCUCUUUUCCUUGGGUUUUCGUUGUGGAACAUGAUGAGAUAGGCACUUGAUGCUUUUUCACUCUACAGUUUCUGUACAGAAAAGGUUAAAAACCAAAAGAAAGGACAAAAGAGUUGUAGAGGCAGCAGAAAGAAGUUGACAGUAGAAUGAGAAAACGUUAAAAGUGCACUUUCAUUUUUUAAUUUUUGGUCACUAUCAUCUCCACAGUGACUCUCUACCCUCUUCCUUUUCUCAGGUUUUUUCUUAUUUGUGUUGAGUAAACUGAAAUCUAAAAGUAGAUUUUAUGAUAGCUGCUGUUAUUUGCUUUGAUUUUGUAUUAUUUUUAAGUAACAUGCUUUGGUUCCUGAUAAGCUUUACAGACUACAAAGUAGUUGUUGCUUGCGUGGUACUUCAGGGACAGACAAACUUGAAUAUGUUGUACGCAGGAUGUUUACUUUAUUGCAGGUUUUGUAAUGAUAAAUUUUCCUGAAAGAUCCUUUAUCUCACGUCCUA